GCUGCGCGGCGAAAGAGCGGCGCGUUUCCUGAGCAGCCCGAGGGAGGAUCCUCCCCGCCGAGCCAGCAGACUGUCCGCAGGGCGCUCGAGCCAUGGAGUUGCGAGCCGAGCUUCUAAAGUCCAUCUGGUACGCCUUCACCGCCCUGGACGCGGAGAAAAGCGGCAAAGUGUCCAAAUCUCAGCUGAAAGUGCUCUCUCACAACCUGUACACCGUGCUGUGCAUCCCUCAUGAUCCUGUGGCACUGGAGGAACACUUCAAGGAUGAUGACGAUGGGCCAGUAUCAAGUCAAGGGUAUAUGCCAUAUCUCAACAAAUACAUCCUGGACAAGGUAGAAGAAGGUGCUUUUGUCAAGGAGAGUUUUGAUGAGCUUUGCUGGACCUUGACAGCAAAGAAGAAUUACAAGCCAAACCGGAAUGGGAAUAGCGUCGUAUCCCAUGAAGAUGCAUUCAAACUUUGGUGUCUCUUUAACUUCUUAUCCGAAGACAAGUACCCUCUUGUUAUGGUUCCUGACGAGGUGGAAUACCUCCUAAAGAAGAUCUGCACAGCCAUGAGCAUUGAGCUCAACUCUGGGGAGUUAGAGGACUUCUUUUCUCAAGAAGCUCAACAGCAGAGUGGUUUGACAGUCUGGCAGUUUCUUGACUUGGUAAACUCAGGCCGGUUCCUACGAGGAAUUGAGCGUGAGGCUAUUAGCAUGGCUGUUGAAGAAGUCUACCAGGAGAUCAUUGGAGAUGUGCUCAAACAGGGCUAUCUAUGGAAGAAAGGUCAUCUGAGAAGGAACUGGUCUGAACGAUGGUUCACCCUAAAGCCCAGUGAUCUCUCGUACUAUGUGAGUGAGGAACGGAAGGAGAAAAAGGGGAGCAUUUCUUUGGACAGAAACUCUUGCGUGGAGAUCUUGCCUGACAAGGAUGGGAAACGGUGUAUGUUCUGUGUGAAAACACCUUCUCGGACGUAUGAAAUGAGCGCCUCGGAUACCAGGCAAAGGCAGGAGUGGACACUUGCCAUCCAGAUGGCAAUCCGCCUCCAGGCUGAGGGCAAGAAGUCUCUGCACAAGGACUUGAAGCAGAAGCGGCGGGAGCAGCGGGAGCAGCGGGAGCGGAAGAAGGCCGCCAAGGAGGAGGAGAUGCAGCGCCUGAAGCAGCUGCAGGAGGAGAAGGAGCGCAAGCUGCAGGAGCUGGAGCUGCUGAAGGAGGCCCAGCGCCAAGCUGAGCUCUUGCUCCACGAGGAGGAGGAGCGGCGCCAGCAGCAGCAUGAGGAAAUGCAGAGGACGCUGGAGAUACAGUUGCAGGAAGCUGAAAAGGCUCGUGCUAACAUGCAGGCAGAGAUGGUACUGAAGGAGGCAGAGGCAGAACGUCAGCGCAAGCGCAUCACAGAACUGGAGGAGAUGCAGCAACGACUCCAAGAUGCUCUGCACCAGGAGGUUAAAGCUCGUCAGGAUGAAGAGGCCGUGAGAUAUGCACAGGCCCGGUUGCUGAAUGAAGAGGAGGAAAAAUUGAAGCAGCUGAUGAAGCUGAAGGAGGAGCAGGAGGAGUACAUCAUCAGAACCCAGCAUGAAAAGCUGGUCCUCAAGCAAGAGAUGGAAAACAAGAGCAGGUUUCUGGAAGAGGCCCAACAGCAGCUGGAAGAAGUGAGAGUCAAUAGAGAAAGGGUGGACCAGGACGUCAUGUUGGCCCAGCGGAAGCUUCAACAGGCCAGCACCAAUGUAAAGCACUGGAAUGUUCAGAUGAAUCGACUGAUGCACCCCAUUGCACCAGGAGAGAAACGUACAAUGGUGAGUGGAGGGUUCCCUGGUUUCAACCCUGCACUCCUGUCCAGGAGAGAUUCCUCCCUCAAACUGAAGCAGAAUCUGGAAAAGAAGAAAUCUGAUGCUAUGAAGAAUGGAAGCAAGGAAAACUUAAAUGGAGAGAUGGAGAAGCAGCUGCAGGCACCUGAUAAAGAUCAUCCUAGCUCAGAAACCCUCUGAGUAGCUACAGAAGCCAGGCCAACCCACUUGUUGAAAUUUUGGGACCGGGACGUAAACAUCAUGACAGCUUAACAGUAACUAUAGUAUAUACAUAUGAGCACUGGACAGAUGUAAAGAUUGUAUAGGGAAGUAUGAUAAGAAUUCUACUUUGUUAAGCCAUGGGCUAUGCUGGCAACUUGCUUGGUAUGCAAAAGCAGCACCUGAUGUAUAUAAAAUGGACAAACUAGAAGUUUCCUUAUCCACAAUGCAGGAGUAUGGUUCUUUGGGAUUACAGUUCCCUCAAGGUACACUUUAUUUGGCCUCUGCAGAAGAUGAAAGAUCCUCAUCAUGCUCUCAUACUGGCAUGAGGAAUUCUCAGCUGCUGCUGCUGUUGCUGGUAACCACCGCUGUAAUGUGCCAAGAUGUCUCAUUCUCUUUAAAAAAACAUUUUUUUAAUAGUAAAAUAUAUAUUGUGCUCCAUUGUGGUUUGAAAUAUGUUGUUAUAUAAACAGUCUGGGUCCUGCUUCUUUGGGACAAUAUUGGUUAAUUUUCCACGUCUUUCAUUAUUAUUAUUAUUAUUUUGUCAGCUGAAGAUACAGAUAUGGCCCAAGUUUAUAUAAUGAAUUCUGAAAAUGUUAUGUUUCUAAUUUUGAAACCAAUGUGCAAGCCUUGUCAAAGAGUUGUUGAGAACAAGCAAGUUGGUGCUCAGUUUCCCUGGAUCACUGUGCAAUGUAGAGUAUGAGUUUUAAAUGAAAUAUCUUUGUUUUUUGUUAUCAAGCAAGCAUUGUGAAAGAUAUAUAGAGGGGGAAGGGUGUUGGAGGAACUAGCACAGCUCUUUCGGGGGGGAGGGCAUGUGUGUGUGCUGUGAGUUGUGACAUUCUGAUUAUGUUACAGGAAUACCACUGGUGUCCUAAGGAGAGUGUCUUAUAAAAGCAACUGUAAAUAGAAUUUCCUGGUGCACAGCUGCGGGAAGGAAAUGGAGAGGGGGAGAGAAGGGCUUGUGGAAGAUGCAGAGGGAGAGUGAAGGAGAACGAUACUGUGCUCCAGGGCAGCAAAAAAUAAUUCUAACUGAUAAACAGUAGUAUUUUCAAAAGUGAUCAAAGUGGAGGACUAGGUUUUCUCCAUAACAUGACAUAGGGCUCAUCCAGUCUUCCCUUUGUAGUGCCACUUUCCCCUGGGAAAACCCGAUCUUUACUGCUGAAUCAGAGGAAACACCAAUCAAGUUUUCUGUGGAUUGACAUUUGCUCUGAUUGAGCGCUAAAGAGCGGGUUUCCCCAGGGAAAGCAAACAGAAAACUGCUCUGCCCUGUGCUCAGAAAGCAAGGGGCAAGUGGGAAACUGCUCAGAUUUGUGUUUUUCUAGAUGCGGGAGAAGUAGAAGUGUUAACCUAAUCAUAGAAACAAGUCCCACUGGAUGCAGUGAGACUCUGCACUAAGUGCGCUUAGGCUGGCAGUCUAGGAGUCUGAAAAGUUAACAAUAGUUUCUCAGUUUCAAAUGGUAUAAGAGAGCCACUGUAGCCUGCAGUAUGCCCCCUCAAUUCUUUUGUCCCAUUUAUCUUCCAUGACAAACAAGUUUUGCAGGGUUUUGAAGCACCAUGAAAAGUUUGUAAAACCUGUUUGGCCACGGGUGGCAUAGCUGCCAAGUUAUCCCUUUUUUUAAGGGAUUUUCCCUUAUGCUGAAUAGGCUUCCUCGCGAGAAAAGGGAAAACUUGGCAGCUAUGACGGGUGGUAGCAUGCCUUACAACAGUGUUUCCCAACCAGUGUGCCUCCAGAUGUUUUGGGACUACAACUCCCAUC